AUGAGCGCCGACCAGUCUCAGCAGAACUACCAGCAGCAGUAUGGCGAGGAGGACAUCCUUGUGACGUCACCCACUUCGUAUGCGCUGCGAGAAUCCAUCCGCCGUUCGUCGUCGUCGGCGUCAGCGGAGAUGAACCCUCCUCCGAUGCGUACGACGCAGGGCGACCAGGCGCGGCUUCCUCGCACGUCGUCGCGUGGCAGCAUGCUCAACCGAGCGCCGCCCCCGCCGCCUCCACAGUAUCCACCGCAGAUCCCCGCGGCACCUCAAAGCGGCAACAGCACGUAUGGAAUGCCUCGCCCUUUGUCGAACCCCAAUCUGGACGUGCUACACGAGCAGAAUCUCGAGGGAAGCGGCCACUUGGGCCACUCGCUCGGUCCCAGCGCAGCACCCUACGGUGGCAACCAGCCGUUUGCCAACACGGCGUCGCCCUAUGGUGCUACCAGCGGCACCAGCUUUAAUCCUGCUACCUCGACAGGGUAUGGAGGCUCUGACUUUAGUCAAACGGCGCCAGUAAACAACGCAACUAGCCGUCGCUCCGUCUCACGACGUAGCAUCUUCAGUCGUGAGACGUUCAUGUUGAACCGUGGCGAGAAGGAGUCGCGUAUGACGGUCCCUGAAGGAACCCCCACCGAGAUUAAGUGCGAGGGGUAUCUGACCAAGAGAGGACAUGUGUUUACGAACUGGAAGACUCGCUACUUCACAUUACGUGGCAAUGUUUUGGAAUACUAUUCAAGUGAGGAGAAGAGCAAGAAGUACGGUGCCGUGACAGUCGAGAAGGUCGCCCCAUGGUCGGGUGAAGCGCAUGGAUUCAUGUUCUACACUACAAAGCAAAUCCCGUACUAUGUGUACGCGUCGAUUUCAUGGUCGAGACUGAAGAGGUGA